AUGAGGUCCUUUAUUACUUUCACUACACUUGUUUCAUGCAUUUGCGCAUUGGCCAUUAGCCCCCAGAAGAGAGGCCAAAAUGUGCCAUGGGACUACGGCAACCAAACUGUUCGUGGGUUGAAUUUAGGUGGUUGGUUUGUUCUUGAAGCAUAUAUUACCCCAUCUUUAUUUGGGUCCUGGUUAUUUGGAAAUGACGAGAGUAAUAUUCCUGUUGAUGAGUACCAUUUCACUAAACAAUUGGGUAAAGAGGCUGCAAAAAAAGUAUUACAAUUGCACUGGAGUUCAUGGUACACUGAAGCUGACUUUGAACAAAUGAGCUAUUUGGGGAUAAAUACCGUUCGUAUUCCAAUUGGAUAUUGGGCUUUCCAAUUGUUGGAUGAUGACCCAUAUGUUCAAGGCCAAGUUGAGUACUUGGACAAGGCAUUGCAAUGGUCUAGAAACCACAAUAUCAAAGUCUGGAUUGACUUGCAUGGUGCUCCAGGCUCACAAAAUGGGUUUGACAAUUCAGGAUUGAGAGAUGCUAUUGACUGGCAAAAGGUUGAUGGAAAUGUGCAGGUCACUCAAGAGGUCUUAAAUACAAUCGUUCAAAAAUACGGCGCUGAUGAAUAUGCUGAUGUUGUGAUUGGUAUCGAAUUGAUUAAUGAACCAUUGGGACCAAGCUUGAAUCUCGAUGAGCUCAAGCAAUACUACCAAUAUGGAUACAAUGCUUUGAGGUCCACAGGUUCAAAUGUACCAGUUGUCAUUCACGACGCUUUUGAAGCAAUUGGCUACUGGGAUGAUUUCUCCAUUGGCAACAACGCGUACAACGUUGUUUUAGAUCACCAUCACUACCAAGUCUUUUCAGCUGGGGAAUUAGAAAGGAGCAUAGACCAACACAUCUCGGUUGCUUGUAACUGGGGUUGGGACGCCAAAAAGGAAAAUUACUGGACGGUCACGGGUGAGUGGUCAGCCGCCUUAACAGACUGUGCUAAAUGGUUGAAUGGUGUAGGUAGGGGCGCUCGUUAUGAAGGGCAAUAUGAUAACUCCCCUUACAUUGGCUCAUGUCAACAGUACUUGGAGUUUGCCACCUGGCCCGAUGAUUACAAAACCAAUGUUAGGAAAUACAUUGAAGCUCAAUUGGAUGCCUAUGAGUAUACCGGUGGCUGGAUUUUCUGGAAUUGGAAGACGGAAAAUGCCAUUGAGUGGGAUUUCCAGAAAUUGACUGCUGUUGGAGUUUUCCCACAACCAUUAACGGAUAGGCAGUAUCCUAAUCAAUGUGGUUUUCCAAGUAAUUGA